CAGCCCAAUUGUCUUCGUCUGCUCCGCAGAGGACGUUGCUGCGAUGUCGGAGACCGCUCCCGCCGCCGCCCCCGAUGCGCCCGCACCCGCUGCCAAGGCUGCCGCCAAGAAGCCGAAGAAAGCGGCGAGCGGCUCCAAAGCCCGCAAGCCCGCGGGCCCCAGCGUCACCGAGCUGAUCACUAAGGCCGUGUCCGCCUCCAAGGAGCGUAAGGGGCUCUCGCUCGCCGCGCUCAAGAAGGCGCUGGCCGCCGGCGGCUACGAUGUGGAGAAGAACAACAGCCGCAUCAAACUGGGACUUAAGAGCCUUGUCAGCAAGGGCACCCUGGUUCAGACCAAGGGUACCGGUGCCUCCGGUUCUUUUCGCCUCAACAAGAAACCUGGAGAAGUGAAGGAAAAAGCACCCAAGAAGCGGGCAGCUGCUGCCAAACCGAAGAAGCCUGCAGCUAAGAAGCCUGCCAGUGCUGCCAAGAAGCCCAAGAAAGCAGCGGCGGUGAAGAAGAGCCCUAAGAAAGCCAAGAAGCCGGCGGCCACCACGGCGAAGAAAGCGGCUAAGACUCCUAAGAAAGCAGCUAAAGCUGGCCGCCCCAAAAAGGCAACGAAGAGCCCGGCCAAGGCAAAGGCAGUGAAGCCCAAAGCAGCCAAGCCCAAGGCGGCCAAGCCCAAAGCAGCCAAGGCAAAGAAGGCGGCGCCCAAGAAGAAGUAAAUCGUACCAGAAAGAAGAGGCCUUCUCUACCCAUUUUGCUAUUCAACGGCUCUUUUAAGAGCCACCCACACUUUCCCUAAAGGAGCUGAGGCACCGAGGUCGGCAGUAACCUUACAGCAAGGAUCCAGUAAUUCGUAAGUCGUCAGAGGUCAAUUGUGUCUUUUGUCUCCUGCGAUUAACGAAAAAAAAAAGCUAACGAGCACAGUAUAUUGCGGUGGCUUUGGGGAAGUGUUAGACUUACAUCUUUUGCCGAGUAAUUGGCUUGAUUACCGGGAAGCAAUGUUUUAUAAUAACGAUUUGUUAAAAAAAAAAAAAAAAGUGCUUUUUUUUAAGAACAUAUUUUGUUACAAAAGUAAUGCAAUUACCAGGCACGCUACUACUGAGCCAUGUCUAAUCUCUUGUAUUAUUUCUCGUGUCUCCGUAAAUGCUUUUAUCUCUUUGGGGGAGGAGGGCUUUCCUUACUGACCCGAAAAUAGACCUGAGCUUCCAUUCCUUUUGUUCUCGAUGAGAAAGAAAAGGAUCUUAAAAUAUUGAAAAAGACCGCCCUGACUAAGGAUUGGCCAGCAGAGAGCUCGGCCCGCUACCCCUCCCCCCUACCCCUCCACCCCCCCUUUCCCAAAGAGGAUUACGCCUUGAAUCUCUGAUGCUGUUCCAGCCACUCUCAGAGAAAAAAAAAGCGGAAGAAGGGGGAGGGACAUGAGCUAUCGCCGAAAUACACUGUUAUUGUUCCCAUGUUCUCUGGCGUAAAGAGCUAAACAGAAAAUAGCCCAUACUAGGAAGAAUUUGCUUUGGGGAGACGUUUUGGCACGACUUCGUGUUAACGAAAACAUAGAAAGUGUCGCUAUCAGUACCAAACCAAAAAUGCUGUUAAUAAAAAUUGAGAAAAAAACAAAACAAAA